AUGACUGAUCUGGCAAGUAAAAUAUCGAAGUUCACCUCCCUUGAUUUGGAAUCUUAUUUAAAUAAUACUUUUCAGAGAUAUGAAGGCUCUGUACUAGAAAAUGAAAAGCAUAGCAUAUCCAAAAUAGAGCAUGAGAUAGAUACCGAGCUACUUAGAACGUUUCUGCUCAACAGUGAUUCUCUACUUAACAUCCUUAACGUCUACGAAGAGUCAUAUAGAAUGGUUACUAGCAUGGUAGACCUAUCCAAGGAACUAGUUAGAUGUAAUAUGGAUGGAAGUGUAGAAGAAGAAGUUUUUGUAGAUAAGGAGCUUGUGAAAAAGUUCAGACUGAUACUCAAUAACUUUGACGAUGAAGCUGGUGUGUUUGCAACUGAAGAAAGAUAUUUGGUUCAUUUCGACACUCUCAGGGAAAAAAGUGGGUGGGAGUGUAUUCUUGUUCUGGCGAACGAUAUUCUUCUGAUUGGUGCAGUUCAAAAGGGAUUCAAGAAAUAUAGACUUUUGAAUGCUUAUAGCUACAGUAUUGCUCAGAUCCAGGUUAAAGACGACAUGCUAGAAGUAAAGGUAGAUCCGACAGUAUAUAUAUUUGAGAAAAACAAGGAAAGUGUGGAAUAUAUACUUAGAAUUUAUCAGGAGCUAACAUAUAGCUAUGAGAAGAAAGUCUUCGAUGAUUCUCCAAAGCCUGAGAUUGACAAGGAACUAAUGAACUAUUUAGUGUUUACAGAACAGUAUGAGUAUGCUGAAGCCAAUGGGCUAUUUCUCUCUCCCAAAAUUGUAUUCCACGACAAGGCAGAGAUGAUGAGAUAUCUCACUGUAGCCUCGAAAUCUAAAGGGGGGAUAUCAUCAUACAUUUUCCCAUUUCUUGAGGAAAGGUUUGUCAAAGGCCUUAGGAAGAUUAACAAAAUCCAACCUCUCAAUAACUUCAUUGAAGAUGUCUUUAAGUAUUUUAAUGAGUUUCUAUAUGAACAGGAUGACCUUAUAAAGGAGUUAGAGAAGAUAGAAAGCAUUAAAAAGAGCGGAGUGGUUCUUCUAAUAGAAAAGCAGCUUAUUAGAUGUAUUGAAAUUCUUGGGGUUAGAGUGUUCAGUAAGGGAUACGAUGUGAAGUAUACAGACUCAGUGCUAGAGCUUAUUAAUCAAAACCUCAAAUUUUCAAAAUACGAUUUUUCAUACCUAAUGGAGCAUUUUCUUAAAAAUAGAAGUGAGUAUAGAAAGAAAUACUUGGAUAGUGCGAUGAAGGAUAUAGAGAAGAUAGUAAACGACAUGAUUACUGAUUGA